AUCAGUUGACAUUUGAGAUUUCAUUGAAGGUGGAAUGAAAUACUUGAAACUGUAACGUAAAAUCGAAAUUUAAUGUCGAAUAAUACGAAGUUAAUGAGCUAAUUUGAUUUUUGUAAAAUGAUUUUGUAAAAAAGACGCUAUUCUCUUGAAACAUUGCCAACACGGUGUGUCGCCAAAAACAAUUGUAAUAAACAAAAAUACAUAACCUCAAAUAGCAACAAAUUUUUGAAAAAAAUCAUGUUUAUAGCACUAUCGAAACGAUGUCUUCUCAAUAAUAUCAUACUAAGAACGGUGCAUAACAUUACACAAACCAACGGUACCACUUCAAAGAAAGCAGCGCUUGAUUUCACCGAUAUAAAGUAUCCUACAAAAGUGCCAUUAAAACCAGUUGUCUCGACUGAUGCAAUCAAAAGCGAAAAAGUUAAAAUAGACAAAGAUACAAUUGAAUUGUUGAUGCGAUUAUCGCUGGUUAAUGUGAGCGACGAAGAAGCAUUGCGUAAUCUCCAAGACUCAAUUGAAUUUGCGAGUAAAAUUCUGCACAUUGACACAGCUGGAUUGGAGCCAAUGUACUUUGUGCAUGAAAAUCAAUAUAUUGAAUUGCGUGACGAUAUUGUAACCGAAGGAAAUAUUCGAGAGGAAUUGCUUAAAAAUGCGCCUGUAAAUGACGACGUUUGUUUCGUCGCACCGCCAGGAAACGUUCCCGUUGAGAUGGAAGAGCAAGAAUUCAAAAAAUCACAAUAAUGGCCACGAAAUUAUUUACCAA